AUGCAGAGCAGACUCGUUCUCGUCCUCCUCGCUCUCAAUGCGUGGGUGGCCGUCAGUCUUCCCAUCAACAUCGAUAACAGCGACCAAGCAGCCGUCAUAGCAGCACCGCACCGCACUGCCAAUUAUGGCGGCUCCAUCCCAGUCAUGAAAGCAUCAUCAUCAUCAUCAUCAUCAUCCAAGUCUGGACCGCACUUUUUAGAAUGGCUGGCUGAGUCUCAGCCCGGACAGCGGAAUGCACUCUUACGAGCUGAAGCACUUCGAGCAUCACACGGAAGGGCCAGAGGCAGAAAUGGCAAUUGGAUAGACGAUUUUCGGAGAAUGCUGAGAACAUGGUCUACUUUCUACCGGACGCAAUACCCAACACGGCCAUUGCCGUUGCCACAUAAUCAUAGUGGCAUGGGGCCACCAUGCACAGUUGCUACAACAGCUUAUUGCCCUCCACUCUCUUCUCCGCACCAAUCACGACAUGCAACAAGCUUCCUCGAACAGAUACAGCGCAGUCUCAAGCAUAUAGAUAUAAUCGCAGUAUGCAGUGAAUAUGGCACCGAGCUUGUCGCACUAAGCAUUUUUUUUCUCGUGCCUCUCGCCGUCAUCCUAGUCGAGGUUAUUGACAUGUUGCAUGACCGCUGGGUGCCGGAACAAUUCCCCGAACGCGGUCGUCAACGAGUUCGCCUCACUGGUCCAGAGAGACAGUUGCGCGUAUUGGAAAAAUGGGAGCGCGAGAAAGCGGUCAGAGAUCAGGCACAAAAGUUUUGGAGUAGUACGAGACGGGGGUCGAGGAACGGGUGUUGA